AUGUCCUCAAGUCCUACUUCCGCUUGUCAGUGCCAAGAACCUUACUCUGGAGAGCACUGCUCCAUCCAUGACAAUGAAACAUCUCCUAAUCUCGAUACUGAAAACGUCCCUACUCGAGAAGCAAAUUUUACUUUGGAAUUUGACCUCAUUUAUCAGGAUGCUUUUAAUAAUCUCAGCUCACCUGAGUCCUUGCAGUUCAUCAAGACAUUCGAAGCUGAGCUCAAUGGCAUGUGCAAAGAAGCUUUCCCUCAAGGGUAUCAAGGACUACAAGUCAUCAAAUUAUCGAAUGGAAGUAUUGUUGCAGACACCUUGGCAGUGUACAGUUAUCCGAACAAUGAGACUGAAAUCCAGUUUCUCAACACUCAGCUUGAUGCAGUAUUGACGGAUAUUUUGAAUGACACAAGUAACCUCGCUAAGAUUUCACAGGCUUUUAAUGUAAGUGUGCAGUUAAAUGAAGUCGUCUUCCAGCCACCUCCAAUUGCAAAUAUCACAGAAAUGAGGCCUUUUGUUAACUGCUCUGGAUUUGCCAAUUUCACUGCCAAGGUUAUUAAUGGUCAAUGGCAGUGUGUUGGGCCUUGCCAAACAAAUCCUGAUUACUGCAAUCAGCAUGGAAAAUGUCAGAAUGACGUUUUAAGAGGGCCAGUGUGCACGUGCUACCAAAAUAGCCUGGAACAGUAUUAUGGUCCACAGUGUGAUCUUUUCCGCCGAGGUCCAGGUUUUUAUGGAGCACUGUUUGGGUCACUGGCAGGAGCUCUACUGCUCGUGACUAUCAUCAGCGUUGUUUUUUUCCUUGUCAAAAAGAGACGCACAGGCAGCUGGAAACUCAGCAAGUCUAACAGAAGAUUGUCUGCUUUUGAUGAUUAUAAUGACUUCUUUGACUUCUCAAACAGAGUGCCUGAAGACAAGAGGCACACUAAGUGA